GCGGGCGGCGGGCGGGCGCGGGCGGGCGGGCGCGGGCGCCGCCGCCAUGAGCGGCUCGUCGGGCACCCCGUACCUGGGCAGCAAGAUCAGCCUCAUCUCCAAGGCGCAGAUCCGCUACGAGGGCAUCCUCUACACCAUCGACACCGACAACUCCACCGUGGCGCUCGCCAAAGUCAGGGCCUUCGGCACCGAGGACCGCCCCACCGACCGGCCGGCGCCGCCGCGCGAGGAGGUCUACGAGUACAUCAUCUUCCGGGGCAGCGACAUCAAGGACAUCACCGUGUGCGAGCCGCCCAAGGCGCCGCACGCGCUGCCCCAGGACCCGGCCAUCGUGCAGUCCUCCCUGGGCUCGGCCCCGGCCGCCUCCUUCCAGCCCCACGUGCCUUACAGCCCCUUCCGCGGGAUGCCCCCCUACAGCCAGCUGGCCGCCAGCUCCCUGCUCAGCCAGCAGUACGCCGCCUCCCUGGGCCUCGAGAAGCUGGUGAGCCCUCCGGCCUCAGCCGCCGCCUCCAGCCCUAGCUCCUCUCCAUCUCCACAGCCCGUUUCAGAGCUUGACCUGUCCUCAGAGCCACAUCCGCUCACUUGCAAGGGCUCUGGCUUUCCUGCCGUUCCCGUGGGCAAGAGCCCCAUGGUGGAGCAGGCCGUGCAGACGGGCUCCGUGGACAACCUGACGGCCAAGAAGCUGGUACCUGCCAAGGGCACCUCAGCCGCGCAGCUCAACGGCCGCCCGGCCCAGUCCGGCAGCAAGCCGGCCGCUGAUGCCGUUCAGCCGGCAGCUGUGCAGACGCAGGGCCAGGGGCAGGUGAAUGACGAGAACAGGAGGCCUCAGAGGAGGAGAUCAGGGAAUCGGCGGACCCGAAACCGCUCCAGAGGGCAAAGCCGCCCGACCAAUGCCAAGGAGAACACCAUCAAGUUUGAAGGCGACUUUGACUUUGAGAGCGCGAACGCCCAGUUCAACCGUGAGGAACUGGACAAGGAGUUCAAGAAGAAGCUGAAUUUCAAAGAUGACAAGACCGAGACGGGGGAAGAGAAGGACCAGGCAGUGGUGCCGCAGAGUGAUGAGGUCCCUGCGGAAGAUGCCCACCUGGGCCCUAACUGCUACUACGACAAGUCCAAGUCGUUUUUCGACAACAUCUCCUCGGAGCUCAAGAGCAGUUCCAGGAGAACCACAUGGGCUGAGGAGCGGAAGCUCAACACGGAAACCUUCGGGGUGUCGGGACGGUUCCUCCGAGGACGCAGCUUCCGGGGUGGAUUUCGAGGGGGCAGGGGCAAUGGCACGGCCCGCCGCAACCCCGCGUCCCACAGGGCGGGGACCGGCAGAGUGUGAUGCUGCGGCGGCCGGGUCCCGCUGAAGCAGCACAGCAGCGAGGCCGCACCGAGGGCGCUUGGCCCGCCCGUUCUCCUGAGCCGGAGACUUUCCACGCUGCUCUCACGUUUCGAAUUGGCUGGACUUGGACAUGGUCCGGGUCGGACCCACAUGCUGCGGGGCCUCACCUGGGGUGUCCAGGCUGCGCCCCUGACUCUGGGGUUGGGUCCGCAGGUCUCCAGAGUGGAGCUGGACUCAGUCUGCGACUCCCUGACAGCUCCAGUUCGACGUGAACCAGAUGGCACUUGGCGGAGGCGGCCGAGCACGUCUCAAGCCCUGCUGGCCCGACACCCCCUGCUGCGGUGGUGGGGUCUGGGAGCCCGCGGCACCUGGUGGCCGGGAGGGUGGUGUGUCCCGUGGAUCAUGUUACAGAAGGGAACCAGGCCCCUCCGGCCCCCCGGGGCCCCGCUGGCGAUGUCCAAGCAGGGGCCCUGACGGUGGGGGAGAACCAGCCCGGACGGGCCCUGUUCGGCGUCCCUGUCCUCCCCCAUCCAGCUGGCCCUCACCAGGGCCACUCAGUGCUGGACUCUGCCGAGUCCUGGUCAGUGUCUUGUCCACUUGGAAAUGAGCCCGUCUGUGGUGCGAGGUCGGCUGACCGAGGCUCUUCUCAGUUGUACAUAGUUCUGUUUGGUUUGACGGGGUGGGGAGGGGGGGGCUCGCUGCAUGAGAGACGGGCUGGGUCCCACCGGAGGCUGAGCAUGCGUUCUUUGCUGGCAGGCAUCGUGUCCACGUAAAUAAGCACCUUGGUAACCACACCCCUUCCACUAGCGAUGAAGGUUUCUGUUGGUAUUCCGUCACUGUAAAAGCUUGGGUUUAUUUUUGUAGGCUUCGCGGCUACAGGUUCGAGCCUGGCGGGCUGCUGCUGGACUGGGGGUGGGCUGUCAUCACCAAUAAACGCGCAAACUUCGAGGC